AUGAAUUGUGAUGGUGUUAUUGGGCUGGUGUUUUGUGAAUAAAAUUAGACGGAGACAACGCCGCUUUCAUAAAAGAAGCCAAUUUUUUGCUGCUAGGUUUUCUUAAAAUUCCCACAUUUUGCUUCAGAAAAAAAAGCGUGCUUUUGAUCAGAGAGUCACUGGAGACGAGAAGCUGUUUUUGUUCUUUGCUGUCGACGUAUUCCAUUAAUUCAGUCAAAUAAAUCUUUGCUGUUCUGGCGAGCAGGGGAACCCCUGUAGGAACAGCAAUGGGGAGAUCAUUGGGAGGAGAUCUUCACCGUGGGCGAAGGGAGAAUCCAUGAAAAAAAUGCUGGAGGUGGGCUAACCUACAGAGGAAAAGGUGCAGCAGGAGGGAAAGGAGCGGGAUGGAGUUGGUGAAAUGAAGGCAGCUUUUUUUCCUCUCCCUUUACACUGUCGUCACCAGGCAACUGAUUUCUGACGAAUUUAAUUCCAGCCUGUGCAGUGGUCUUGUGGAUAGUACAGUAACCACUUUUUUUUUGGGGGGGGGAAUCUACAAAGAUUGGAGCUGAAAAUUGGAAACGAUUAGACACUGCUUUAGAAUCUGUUCAUCUCUCCAGUAAAAGAGGGAGGGAUAUUAGAUUUUUUGGUGGCGCUGGUGGGGGGGGGGGAGGGGGUGCAGAGAGAGAAGUCACUUUGUUUUGGUGCCCCCGCCCCCUUUGCAAGAUGUUUGGGUGGGGGUGAAGUGGAGCAUAUCACACAAGGACCAUGGAGCAGAACGGGAGCGUCCCUGUGAGCUGGAUCUCAGACACCAGGGUGGCCGAGCACAGCAACUUCAGCGUCGGCAGCACAUUGGCAGGGAGCGAGUCGUCUGCCAGCUUGCAGCCGGACAGCGAGGAACAGAGCUACCGAGACUUCACGACCUGGGUGCAAAUCCUCAUCUUCAUCGGCUCCGUCCUGGGAAAUCUGAUGGUAUUAUGGUCCACAUGCCGUGCAUCAGUAUUCAAGUCUGUCACAAACCGUUUCAUCAAAAACCUGGCCUGUGCUGGAAUCUGUGCAAGUGUCUUUUGUGUGCCUUUCGAUAUCAUCCUGAGUGCCAGUCCACACUGCUGCUGGUGGAUCUAUACCCUGCUCUUCUGUAAAAUUAUCAAAUUCUUGCACAAAGUCUUCUGUUCUGUCACUGUUCUCAGCUUUACUGUCAUUGCACUGGACAGGUAUUACUCUGUCUUGUAUCCUUUAGAAAGGAAGAUUACAGAGACAAAGUCCCGGGAUUUGGUGAUCUACAUUUGGAUUCAUGCAGUUUUGGCAAGUGUUCCAGUUUUUGCAGUGACCAAUGUCUCAGAUAUCUACGCCAUGUCUACAUGCAGUAGCUCAUGGAGCUAUUCCCUAGGACACUUGGCUUAUGUAAUUGUAUAUAACAUCACCACAGUGAUCCUGCCCAUAGCCGUGGUGUUCUUGUUUAUGAUUCUGAUCCGGAGAGCUCUCAGUGCCAGCCAGAAGAAGAAAGUAAUUAUUGCUGCAUUACGAACUCCACAAAACACAAUUUCCAUACCAUAUGUUUCCCAGCGGGAAGCUGAACUGCAUGCCAUGCUUCUCUCAAUGGUGCUGAUCUUCAUUGUUUGCAGUGUUCCUUAUGUGGUUUUUGUGAUUUAUAGAACCAUUCUCAACAUUGCUGACAUCUCUGUCUUCUUGAUGCUUACCGCGGUUUGGUUGCCAAAGGUGUCCCUACUGACUAACCCAUUACUCUUUCUGACUGUGAACAAGUGUGUUCGGAAAUGUUUGGUGGGCACUGUGGUUCAGCUCCACCGCAGGUACAGUAGACGCAACAUUGUCAGCUCUGGUGGCCUGACAGACGCCUCUCUUGAACCUGGUGUCCGUUCAGGUAGUCAGCUGCUGGAGAUGUUCCACAUUGGGCAGCAGCAGAUCUUCAAACCCUCCGAGGAGGAUGACGAAAACGAGAUUAAGUCACUUGGGUCGACAGAGUGCCGGCAGAAAGAUGUGAUAGCCACCUCCGGUUUGGAAGUUGAACAGACCCUCGUGGAAAAGUUUACUGCACACACUACUACCAAUGACUCCCCUACAACAGCUGGAGCGGUGGCUGCACCACCUCCAGAGUCAGAUGCAACCUCUGACAAGUAUGCAUUGCAGUUUGGCUUCGGCCCCUUCGAACUGCCCCCACAGUGGCUUUCUGAGACACGGAACAGCAAGAAAAGACUGCUGCCUCCCUUGGGCAACACACCGGAGGAACUGAUCCAAACGACUGAAAAGCAACCAAAGUUCAGAACAGAAUGGAAAAUAAGUCGAAAUAAUAAAGUCAGCAUCUUUCCGAAAGUGGACACUUAGUCUUAUGAAUGAAUCUAGCUGGUGCCCUGGAAGCACAGUGCCCUGGAACACCACAGCACAGAGUGCCAUUGUACUGUAUUGUCUGACAAAGUAAUCAUAUGUAAAGAAAGGACAAGGUUCAUAGCAGAUACUUCUUUCAAUGGAAAACAACAUUCCUGAGCAUUCUUAUUAGAAGGAUUUGUCUCUAAGGUUUUUGUUCUGUUUCAGCUGAAGAAUCCUCUUCACCAUACCUUCAAAAUUGUGCACAUGAUUCAUAUUUUAAUAUGAAAGAAUGAGUGGAUGGUACUCUAGUUUAAACUGUUACACUUCAAAAGUGAAUGAACUACUAAGUGUUUGAAAAAUGUUUAUUUUCUUACACAAUUUAUAGAGGAUUGCUUAAACUUUUUUUAAACUAAUGUUUAGUCUCAUUUAUUGUGACAAUGUGGGGGAAACAGCAACUUUUUUGAAUUCUGGGUAAUUUGCACAUGCAUUUUAUUUGAUGGUUUUCCCUAUCCUUCUCCUGCUAACUGUCAUCAUAUCAUCACUGACACACCCAUAAUGAUACAGAGACCCCAUUUGUAAGAAUUUAAAAUAGAUUUUAAAUGUUCAUGUGAGGGCAGCAUUUGCGACUCUCUCACCAUUCAAUACUUUACAGCAGUUUUUAAAUUUCAUUUCCUGAAUGUGGGUAUCAAGGGCAUUUAUCACCCAUUUCACAUUGCCCUGCAUAGAUGGUGGUGAACAUACCUCUUAAGUGGUUUGCUGCAACCGAGUGACUAGCAGUCACUCAAAGGUUUGACUAGAAUGCAAUGUUUCCUUCCAGAAAGACAUUGCUAUUACGAUUUUUGUGACAAUCCAGCAGCUUCAGGGUCACUUUUAUUAAUGCCACUCUUUUAUUUCUAGCUUUAUUUGAAACUGAACUUAAACUUUCAAAUUACCAGGCUGAUAUUUGAACCCACACUAGCUGUAUUAUUACUGUAAGCUCUAGAGUACUAGUCCAAUAGCAUAAUCAACACAGUACUGUACCCAGUCAUAGGGUGAUGGUAAAAGCACAGAAAAGUUCAUUCAUCCUAAGGAGACCAUGUUUGCUGUCGACAGAGCAAUCUGUGCUGGUCAGUAUCAUUCCCCUGCACUGUCCACACAGCCAUGCAAAUGUAUUUUCUUCAAGAUGCCUCCAGUUUUCUUUAUCCUAAAAUUAUAGUUUUGUUGAUGCACUGCAAAGCCAUCACCUUUCUGUUUUGAGGCACCAUUUCAGACAGACCAACUUGACUACAAAUUGUUCUGUAAAGUGCUGUGUCUGUCUGGUAUGUGACCUCUUAUUGUAACCAAAAGAAGGAUGCAGAUUGAACUAUCUUGAGCCGCUGAAUUAUUUAAAUUAUUUUUCAAAACAUUACAGUAUUACAGUGUUAUGUUUUAUGAAAAAACUCAAGUUUUUCAUCAAUCUAGUUAGUGUAUUGCAUUUUUGGUAUAAAAAUUUCCAUAAUGUCAUUGUCAUAAUGUUAUGUGGUCAGUAUUUUUGCUAUAAAUAAUGUGAAACAAAUGUAUGUGCUCUACAUUUCAAGUUGUUAAGUUAAUUGUUUAUAAUGUAAAAAUAUUUUUAUCCUUUUUUAUUGGCUUGAAACGUUGACUGGCAGAAAUUUUAGCCAGUUUAGCAGCAUGAAUGUGUUUGUUUGUUACCUUCUGUGUAUUUAUGAUUUGCAUUACAGUUACAGCCACGUAGAGCUCCAUGUCCUUGCCAUAAACAUCAUGGAUGUGGUAUUAAAGGAAAUUAUUGUCCUGAUAUUAUAUCUUUGCAAGUCGCACUUCCAAGAUGAAUCAAUUAAUAUUGUUUUACGUUAGAACCAUUUUAUAGUUUGAUUUCAGAUUUGUGGACAUAAUAUUGCAUCACUUCCUUUGAUGACAUACCUAUUUGUAUAAAUGUACAUUUAAAUGAGUACACUUCACAUAUUUUAAAGCGUAUAUCUUGUUUUUAUUGUAAAAAUUCAGCUCCUCUGGCGAACUUCCCAGACCUCCCUAAAAGUGGAACGUCAUUGGACUUAUGUAAGGGAAAGGUGAAACAUUUGAGGAAGUCCCAAAGCACAAUUUUAAAUUGAUUGACAAUAGUCUGUCUCACAAGAAAUUUUUGUUAACGUUAAUGCAAUGCCACUCUCUUUGUUGAAGGUUACUGCUCAAAUAUUCCUUAUGUGACAGUUUAAUAAAACAGACUAGAUUUAAAUUCUUGCAUUCAUAGCAAGAAUAUCCCACUUAUGUUUCAUUUAUUUAAUAUUGUGUGCUUAGGUGAAAUUAGUUUUAUUUCUGUUCUAAAAAUAUAGAUCUGUUUAAAACUGGUUGAUUUUCUGUUUAUGCUGUUGCAGUGUGCUUUUUUGGUUCUUUCUAAAUAUGUAGCAAGUGACAAGCAGUUCAAAGAUAAAUAUUUCCAAAAAAAGCAGUUUCAAGUAUCUGAAGCCAAGGCAAAUAUUAACAUAAGUCUGUAGGAGACAAAAGUUUUGUUUCAAAAUGGAGCCCUUCUAAGAAAUGGGUUGAUUGUCACUAUCACAGCAACACUUUGGAGGUGGAGAAAUGGGGUCUUUCUUGUUUGUGCUAAUGGUGCUUCUACAAAUGGCAAAUUGUCAGCAUUUUCACUUCUUCCAGUACCAGUCUCUUUGCUUUAUUUGGGAACCUUUGGUCUCAGGUAAAUUGUCAGGCAAGUUUCUCCACCUGCCAACUCUGGAAUGGCAAUGUAGUACCAGAAAUAAAUUACAAGACACAAAGAAAGAAGAAUUCCAAAUGCACUAAGUGGAUGAGGUGAAUUAAGGAAGGGAACUUGGGACUCGGAUCCAUCCUUUUGUGUAUCAAUAAAACAAAGAAAUGUUGCUUGCCUGAGAUCUGAAACAAAAACAGAAAUUGGUCGAGAAACUCAGCAAGCCUGGCAGCCUCUGUGGGAAGAAAGCAGAGUUAAUGCUUUGAGUCUGUUUACUCUUUAACAGAAAUUCUAGCAAGUUGUCAAGUUUAAAUUCAUGGCUGAUAAGAUUCCUGUUUAAAUUGCAGCUCACGUUCACAUCUGUGCAUGUUUUUAAAAAGUUUUAUUUCUUAGUAAAUCAGAAUUUUACUGGAGAUUUUUUGAUUGCUAGAGAAUUUGCUGAUUGUGUUAGUGUAAUUGGAUAAGAUCAGAUUGACUGACAAGAUUCUAUUUGAUGUUUGUUUUAUGGCAACCUUGUAAAGUGGAUUGUCGGGUUUUUUCAAUGCUGGUUUUGGGUCCUUAUUCCACAUUGUUUGUUUCAGACACACAUACCCAGUAUCUGGCCAAUUGAUGGCAGGGAUGGGCUCAUUGUCCUGUGGAUUAAUUCUGGAGGGAUAGCUCUUCCAUGGGAGGAUCAAUGAUGACAGUCAUGACCCAGAAACUAUUUCUGGGUCGUGGAGCAAGCUGUCAGGUUGGGGAGAUUGGCAUAAGGGACAUGCCCCAUGUAUGAUUGCUGCAGCCUCUAAUACCCUGCCAUGAAGCUUCCACACAGUCCAGGAAUGGCCCUGUAACUAUCAGUCGUUCCUUUCCAUAAGUUGAGUUUGAAAAUGGCUCGGAUUUGGGAUGGUGUGGUAAACUGGAAUAUAGCCUAGUGACAUUCAACUCCAUGCCUGCCCAACUGCAGUGUACAUCCCACAACCAAAUCAAAUGUCUGGCCCAGUGUCACACAAGAGAUCACUGAACAACCGAGAAUCACAGGGUAAGAUUUUUGUUUUUUUACCAAGCUUGUACCACUAAAUUUCAUGUCUCAUUUGAUCUGCCUUGGUUAUUCACCUCGUAGAGUCUUCACCAAAUCUCCAACGAACAUCCCACCAUCUUAUUCCCAAAAUCCUGCAUUUGCAAUGAUCAUCCACACAUCCCUGGACACUCCAGGGCAACUUAACAUGGCCAAUCCAUCUAACCUGUACAUCUUUGGACAGUGGGAGGAAACUGGAGCACCCAGAGGAAACCCAUGCAGACACGGGGAGAAGGUGCAAACUCUACACAUACGGUCUGAGAGUGAAAUCAAGCCCAGGUUCCUGGUGGUAUAAGGUAGCAGUGCUAACCACUGAGCCACCAUGCCACCCGUUUGUCAAUGUCUCAAUACUUAUUUUCACAAGAUUAGGAGGUGUAACAUUCCUGAAACCUCUCAUUGAUAUCUGGUUGACAUUUUUAUACCAUUUUAUGAACAGCAGGUUUUUUGAAGCUCAGUUGAUGUCUUUUUUUACUUUGAGCAGUUCCACAUGUGUUAUUGUUAGAUAAUAAAAUGUGAGGCUGGAUGAACACAG